AUGCAGGCAAUGAAGCUCGAUAAAAAAAAAGGCAUGAUUGACGAACAAAGGGGCGUUAUCUUCGAACUCGAGGCGCAGAAACGAAAGCUUGCUGGUGAUCUUGAAGAACAAGAUGGAAAGGCGGCUUCGUUGCUUGAAUGUUUAGAAGGGAAUGGUGUAGAAUUCACAUUCCUCUGGAACUAG